AUGGCUGGCAAGCUCAAGCGGGAAGAUCCUGGGGCAUUUGCUGCCUGGUGCGAGGGAGCACUGGCUCUUGAAAAGGCCGCAGAAGAGGAGGAGACAACAGAGCUUCUCUUAUCUUGUACACAAGCAGAGCUACAGUCCAGAGGGCUCGCAAUCCUGAAACUACGUGUUGCCGAGCAGUCCACUGCGCUGUAUGGGAGAGCCUGCCUGACUCUGGAACGGUCCUCUGGGGCAGGAGACCUGCCUUCGCACAAGAUUAGCCAUGGUGAUAUUGUCGGAAUCUUUGAUCAGGGCAGUCGGCCGCUUUCUAAAGCGGUACCCUUGGCAUCGGCCGUGGCUACUCGGAUACGGUCGGCGACCAUACAGCUGGCGUUCGACGGCGACGUGCCCGUGGACGUCCUCGACGGCCGGCUCUUGAACCUUGCCCUGGUUUCAUCGGAUGUGACGUUGAAACGCUACAAGGAAGCCUUAGACAUGCUGAAGAGCGGCGCGCGCAGCCCGGCCUCCGCGCUCGUUGGCGUGUGCUUUGGGGAUGCGAAGCCUCGCUUCUAUGAAGCAAAGUCCGAGGCCUGUGCCCGUGCGGAUGCAGUCGACUGCACAUUCCUCUCUGAAUCUGCAAACCAGCUGAACGAGCCGCAGCAGGCAGCUGUGGUGAAGGCCUUGCGGGCAGCUGAUGUGGCGGUUAUUCAUGGACCACCGGGAACGGGAAAGACUACCACCCUGGUGUCGUACAUUUUGGAGGCCGUCUACCGCAAGCAGCGGCUGCUAGUUACCGCUCCCUCGAAUGUUGCGGUGGAUAAUCUCCUGGAGCGCCUAGCAGAUGCAGGCUGUCGGUCGUUGGUCCGUCUGGGGCACCCAGCAAGGGUACAGGAGAACAUUCAGCAGUUCACCAUGGACAACGUGGUGUAUGCCUCCGACCAGGCCGAGCUCUGCCGCGACAUCAAGAAGGAGAUCGACCAGAUCCUGGGCAAGGUGAGGGGCAAGAAGGCACAGGUGCCAAACAAGCCCUGGAGCAACCUCAAGGAGCUCCGAACAGAACUCCGCCAGCGUGAGCGGCGUGCUGUGGCGGAGGUCUUGCGCACCACGCAGGUUGUCUUCGCCACAUGCACCGGUGCCGCAGUCCUCCAUCGUGAGAUCAGGCGCGGCUUGGGGGCCGCAUCCCUGGAGUUUGACGUGGUGGUCAUCGACGAGGCGGCGCAAGCCCUGGAGGUGGCUUGCUGGAUCCCGUUGCUCCUGGGCAAGAAGGGUGUCUUGGCGGGUGACCACCAGCAGCUUGCGGCCUGUGUGAAGUCGGCCGAAGCCCAGAAGCAGGGUCUGGAUGAGACGCUCUUUGGGCGGCUUAUUGAAAGUUUCGGCGACGACGUGGCCUCACUCCUCUCUAUCCAGUACCGGUCCAACGAGAAGAUCAUGGGCUGGUCAUCCAGCUCUUUCUAUGGAUCGCGUUUGGAAGCUGCGCCGUCCGUCGCAAGCCAAACUCUCAGUCUGCAGGAAGUUCCUUCCUUCAACAUAAACGCCGAGGUUUUGGACUUGGCCACUGCCCCGAUGCUCUUCGUAGACACAGCAGGGUUACCUAUGUACCGUGAGGACGGCGAGGCCUCGCGGUCUGACAUCCAGCAGUCGAGAUGUAACCCGGGAGAGUCGCGUUUUGUCGUCCACUACGCCAAGCUUCUGGUGAGAGCGGGGCUCCGACCCGAGGCUUUCACCGUUAUCACGCCGUACAACCGCCAGGUUGAGCAGCUUCGUGCCGACUUCGCGGCAGAUGCAGACAUGGAGACUCUCGGAAUUCGUCCACGCAUCAACACAGUCGACUCUUUUCAAGGCCAAGAGGCAGAUGCUGUUCUGAUUUCACUGGUGCGCUCCAACAUGCAUGGAGUUGUCGGCUUCCUGUCGGACUAUCGCCGUUUGAAUGUGGCAGUCACAAGGGCAAGGAAGCACGUCUUGAUCGUGGGAGAUGCCAGCACGAUUUGCAAUGAUGAUGUCCUCAGCUCGCUUUAUGGUUAUGCCUGUGACCAUGGACGCGCAGCCUUCGUGCAGCAGUUGCUGGAUGAAGAGGGUGGAGUCCCAGCAGAUCCUGCCACAGUUGCUGCCGUGCAAGAAGAGAGAAGACAGGCCCUGCUCAGAACCACCGACAAGUCGAAGGAGAAACUUCGAGACAAGGCCCAGGAGGAGGAGAAGCUCCGGCAGCAGUUCCAGAAGCGCUUGCGACAUGUCUUGGACACUGGCCAGCCGCUGCAGUUCCCAGCAAAGCUGAGUCCCUACGAACGUGCCAUCGCACACGAGGUGGCCAAGGAGCUGGGUCUACUGCACGAAUCCAGAGGCGAAGGCAGCGAGCGACGGCUUGUGGUCUGGUCCAAAGAUGGCCCUUCCAUUCCGGAGAGCCACGGAGAGCCAGGCCACACCGUGGCAGGCAAGGAAGGCAAGGAGGCAGUGGCCACGAGCCCUCCGGCGCCAGCGCCAGCAGAGGCAUCGGAGACGGUGUUGGAGGCCUUCGAGCGAAGGGCCCGCGAACUGCUGGCCUCGUUGGGUCCUGGCAAGCCUGCUGCAGAGUGGAAGUCGCCCACGGACGAGGAGGUGGAUGUACUGCGCCGAUUAGCAGGCGACCUGCAGCUCGAGGUGGUCGAGGCCGGUAGUGGUAAAAAGCGGCGGCUGCAAGUGCAGGCGGCGUCGCUGCCCACUGUCGCAAACUCCCAUGCGCCGGAGGAGCCACCCCAGCCUGCCGUGAAUGCACAGCUUGCUGGCCUGCAUGAAGAGAGGAGACAGCGCCAGUUGGCUAUGGCCGAGCAGCGCAAGAAGGACAUCGAGAAGAGCAACGCCGACCUCAAAGUCGCGAAGCAGGCUGCCAAAAAGGAAAGGGCAGCGAAGAAGGGGGCUGCGACGGCUGAUGAUGACGAUCUGGAUGCACUCUUGCUGGAGUUCACAAAAGAGGAGGGUAUCUGCAGCUUUGCCAACUGCAAGGACACCAAUCGGGUGAGUGGCUUGUACCUCCCAGUCCACUGCUUCUGGCAAAGCAACACCAACAGGUUCGAAUCUGAACUGCUGACGCGAUCUCAGGAGAAAACAAACACUCUGAUGGACGCGUGCUGGGCUCAGACCUCCUGGCCUGUGAUUUUGCCUCGGAUUUAUGAAGUCUCCAAUUUUGGUGCCGAUGGACAAGGCGCCAGGGAGUGA